AAACUGCCAAAAAAUACUUUUACUAUGAUACUAUAGUUGAACACGCGGUUGAGUAACUAAAAUCUUAAGUUCACUCUGAAAAGUUGAAUAACUUAUAACAUAUGUCAAAAACGCAAACAAAAAACUACCAUGUGCCAAAAACGCAGCGCCAUUUUUUAAUAAUUUAAAAAUCCCCUCUCUUUUCUACUGUCAGUUUUCUAUUUAUGAUACUUUUCUUUGCGCAUUAAUUCAACUGAAAUGAAAAAAGCCAUAAUUUUGCAUCUGUUGGUACAAAAAGCCGUUUCUAAAAAUCCGCACAUGACGUCUGCUGAAUAAAUCUAUUUUCAUUCGCUAGUGUUGAACAAAAUACAGGAACGUCUGAAGGAAAGCUGAAACAUUUACUGGAAACCACAUGGUCAAAUAUUGGUGUUGUUUUACUCAAGCAGAAGAAAACACAAAACGCUGCGGUCGCAAAACUCUGUAUUUGUUUGAGAUUCUUUGGAAAACACUCUCUUUACCCAGGUAGAUACUGCGGGUAUAAAAUACUCUGCAGCCAAAGUUUAUGUUUGUAGGUACUGUAGUUAUCGUAAGUACAAGAAAAAAUUUGGACCGUCAAACUACCUGGACCGCUUGAAUAUAUGGCUCAAAAUUGAAUUUACUUUCAGCUAAUCUAAAUGCGCGCGCAGUGAUAUUUCACUUUACCUUUUACUUUCAUAUUAUUCGCACUGGAAGACUUACUUUGAACAAUUUUAACCCUUUUUCUUUGAUUGUUGCGUGGUGUUUUAUUCCCUGGUCAAAACCACUCAAAGAGAAAAGAUAAAAAUGAAUUCGCUAAUUGCUUCAAAUUGUUGCGGUCAAAAUGGAUUAGCCUUCACAUCAGGGACAAGAAAGAUUCUUGUCAGAACUGGCAAUGGAGAUGAAAAAAGAAAGGAUAAUUACCAUUUUCUGAAUCUGAAAAAAGAUAAAGAUUUGGCUAGCCAGCAAUUCAUGGACUCGCCCGAAAGAAAGCUUCUUGUACGCCAUGGCAGUUCGGUCAAAUCAAUGCGAAGGACGUUUGAGAUGUUCGAGCUAAAAACAGAGACAAAAUCCGACUCAGAUUCGUGCAAUAAGUCGGAUUUGAGAAACCCCUUUGAGUCGGUUGAGAAAUGUGAGCAAGACAGUCGGGAGAAGGAGGACAACGGAGGACGUAAGAGACGGCAGAGAAUAUCCGAGUUCAUCUCUGAACAGGAGAGCAGAUCCCCUGCUGCCAAGAGGGCGAAAAGUGGCACAGUGUACGACACAAUCAAACACUUUGCUCUAUCAGAGGACAAGAAUAGCGAGGUGGCAUUGAGGAAGGCGAUGAAACCUUCAGAAUCCUACCAACUACUACUAGAAUGGAUCAACAACCGCAUCAAACACUACUCGGCGUUUUUGCCCCAAAUAUGCGACUUGUCGGUGGCCACUUUCAACUGUGGCUCAGUGCUAGCUGCCUUGGCUCAUAGUUUCAACCCAUUCGGGGCCACAUCCUACUUCCAACUGACCAAACGCACACGACGGGACAAAUUCAUAUACGCAUGGGACGCUUUCAGAGAAAUGACAGGCGAAGCCCCGGUGUAUAGUCUAGACGACGCGCUUAACUCCCCAUCGCAGAAAUUGGACCGCAAGUGCCUUCUAGCAAUGCUGUUUCUUAUCAGAGAGAAGGUUAUUUUGCUGAACUUGAAGCAGUACAGACAGUGACAUAGAUUCAAAAAUUGCGCAAACAAGAACAAAUGCAAUGUUCAAAUGUACAAAACAGUAAAAGAAAAAGUUCAAUUACUGGAAAGUGUAGAUAUAACGUUGAAUGUGGAGUGGAAACUUGAGAUAUCUUCUAGAAAAUACCAUCGUGACUUCGAAUGUUUCAACAAUUUUAAGUUUUUAUAAUUAAUUCAAGGUUUUAGCCUAGCAUAGGUUUGCAAUAUUUGAGUGGGUAAUAUUCUUAAAUACUAAAAUAUUCGAUUUUAAAUUGUUUGAAAUUAAUUAUAAUGCUGAAUAUUGAAUUUAAUAUAUACACUUCG